AUGGAAUUUGAUAAUGAACAAACUAAAAAUCAUAAAUUAAUUAGUUCACAACGAUCAUUUCAAAAGAAAAAAAUUCAUUAUUUAGAUAAUAAUAAUGAUUGUUUAACAGAUACUUGUAUUACUAUUUAUAAAAAUUCAAUAUGGUGUAUUAAAUUCAUAUAUGAACUUUUUUUUAUAACACUUUGGCAAGUUUUAUUAUUUGCUAAAGAUGAAAUACAUAAUAGUCAAGGUGAUACUAUGAAAACUAAUACUAGUCUAGAUGUUAUGUCUCUUAAUAAUUCUGCAAAAGAAAAUUAUUCUGAAAAAAUCUAUCGAAAACUUCCACGUCAUCAUUUAUCAAUGAUUGAAACAAAUAAUCAAGAAAAAUAUCAACAUCAACUAUUGAAAAAUAAUUCACGUGAAAAAAUUUCAUCAAAAAUAAAUUUAUUGUCAAAUAAAACACGUAUAACUGUUCGUUCCAUAUCAAAUCAAAAUUUAAAUCGAGCACAGUCAAAUCAUACACCUUCAACUGAACAGAAAAAUUUAAAUGAUACUAUAGGAGUACUUAAUUCACAUAUUAUAGUAGCACCUGUAGAUUCAUCACAUUGUCAAAAUAUGAUAACAAAAAAUAAUUUACGUGAACAAUUAGCUGAUAGACUUUGUCAUUAUUCACAUGAACCAAUAAGAUGUAUGAAUCGUGCAGUGUAUUGUGAGCAUUGUCGACCAUUAUUCUUUCCGUAUGGACCUUGUCAUCGUUCAGAACAUUAUAUUCCACCAUGUAUACCACAAAAACAAAUAAAUAAUGAAAGAGAAUUUUCUCAAAAAUCAAAACAAUCUCGACAAAUGGAAGAAACAAUAUCUCCGAGUGUUCAAUCACAUUUAGCAAAUUCACCUGAAGAUGAACCAUUAUCGACUGGUACUAUUUUACAUAAUGAAAAUAAUGAACAAAAUCCUUCUAUAUUAUCAUUUCCUGAUCAUGAUUCAUCUCCAUCACAAGAAUCCGAACAAUUAAAUGAUAACGAUAAUCAAUUGAAGUUGGAUGCACAAAUAUUUGUUGAUGAUUCAAUUCAAAAUGCUCAAGAAAAAUAUCAACGAGUAUAG